AUGCCCAAACUCUUCGCCGAGUCCAUCACCGAGAAAUGCGACAUGCUCGCUUCGUCGACGUCGAGUCGGAUCGAGUUGAAUCUGACGCAGAAAUAUGUGUUCAAGUCGCCGAUUCCGUUCAAGGAGAAGGGGACGGAGAAGCCGGUGAAUUCGAAGUUGACGUUCCAUUUGAAUGGGGCGGGGUUGAUCGAGAAGCAUGAUGAGGAGUGGGAUCAUGAAACUAACAAACAAGGAGACGAGGGUUUCAUGGGGAAGGUGCAGGCGUUUAGGAAGAAGACGGAUGCCAAGUUGGUGGAGAAGACUGUGCCAAGUGAUCCUAGCAAGGUUUGA